AUGUGGAAAGCUGUAGUACUUGCAGUGUGUUUGCUGGUGGCAGGAGUUCAGCCAAUGGAGAACCCAUCCUAUGGAGUUAAACUCUGUGGCCGGGAGUUCAUCCGUGCAGUCAUCUUCACUUGUGGAGGUUCACGCUGGAAAAGGUCACUGAGGAGUACAGAUGUUCUGGAUGAUCCUUUCACCUCACAACAAGAUUAUUCAACAGAAGGUUUGGGACAAAACUCUGCAGAAACCAUCCUCCAAAGGAACAAAGACUCAGUCUUUACCUCCGAGGACAGUGGAAAUAGAAUGUUUACCAGACAGGUUCGCUCCUUCAUCUCAGAGGAAAUUCUCGAAGCGCUGCGCAAGGCUGACCACAAGGGACGAGACCUGGUGUUGGGACUGUCUACUGCCUGCUGCAAAUGGGGCUGUAGCAAGAGUGAAAUCAGCUCUCUGUGUUGA